UCAGUAAGAAUCAUGAGUAAUAUGCAUAUAAUCACUACGGAAAUGGACGAAGAAAUAUCCGCAGAUGAGGAAGAAAUUCUUGUAUAUGUAGAAUUUGAAGGGCUUGUUGAUGGUAAUGUGUUUAGUGAAAAAGAAUUACGAUUGGAUAUGAUCGGUAUAGAUACGGAACAUCCUAUAAUGCAAAUUAAUGGAAAGUUUUAUGAGGGUUCCUAUGAAGAUGUUGUUGGUACUUAUAUGUUUUUUACAAAAAAUGAUAAUCCCAUGAUAGAUGACCCUGUCUUUGAUGCUGCUCCAAAUUUUCAAUAUUUUGCUAAAACCAGAAAAUGUCUAAAAAUGCAAAGAAUCUUUACAAAAUCUAGAACAGAAGUUCUAGGUGAUUCUGAAAAUAAUGAGUGUAUUCCAAAUCCAAAUACACUUAAACAAGCAGGAAUACCUUUUCAAUAUCAAGAAGAAGCUCUUUUAUUUUGGAAGACUCUGCGAGAUAAUAGGUUAAAUGCAUUACAUUCAUAUUUAGAAAAACAACGAAUCAGACAAGAAAAAAAAUCUCAAGGUAUAAUAUUAGAGUCUGAGUCUGAUGAGGAUAAUCCAUUUGCUAUAUAUAACCAUAAGGAUGAAGUCUCUAAUUUUAAUAAGUCUAUUCAUGUUGAUGCAAAGAAGGAAUUAAGUUACUGUGAUAAUCAAAUUGAUUCAAAAUGUAUGUAUCCUAACGAAAUUAAUGAUCAAACUUCAAACACCACUGAAGACAAUUGUUAUGAAAAUCGAAAGAAACAUAAAAUUUCAUUAGAAUCUGAAUCUUCAGUCUCAAAAAAUGAUAAUCAUUGUUUAAUGAGAUCUGUAAAAGGUUAUAAGACUAAGCUAGCUCGAAACAAACAACUAAGUGUGAGUCGAAAUAGACAAAGCAAAGAAUUUAAAACGAAACGUAUCUUAUUAGAAAAACAUAUGGAUGAUGAUGAAGUGUCAAGUUUGAAAGACACAUCUGAUAAGUCUAAUAUUGCUAAAAGUUUUAAUUCAUUAGAAAUUAAUGAAAAUGAAAAUACAGAAGGAAAUAACAGAUGUGAGAUCAUAUCAAAUGAUUAAAUAAAUCCAUAAAAUGUCAAAAUUAUAAAAAAACUUAAAUGAGAAGGAAAGAUGAAAGAAAUUUCACAAUAAUUAAAAUAGUUGCAAAAGGACAUUUUCAAUCGCAUGCAACAAUAAAUUAACAGGAAUGUACAUAAAGUUAUUGCGAAUAUGUCUAUAAAUUAAAUAAUAUACAAUAACGUAGUUAAUAUCACUGAUAUUCAUUCAAAUGAAUAACAUUUAUUUAUUUCUUAAUCUAUAUUGCUUAAUUCUACUUUUCUAACUUAAUCUAAAAUUAAUAUAGUGGUACUUCUAUACUAUACUUAUUUAUCAAAACAUAACAAAGUAAGAAGAUAUUUCUAAACAAUAUGUUUCAACAAAAUAUUAUCAGUUUCUAUUAUUAUAUACCAAAUAGAGUGUACUUUAUUUAAAUUAAUUUUCAAAUACUGAAUUACUUUUUAACAUUACAUUGUAUUAUAUUAGUCAAUCAAUUAAUAUAUAUAAAGAAAUCAAAUUUUUCAAUGCUG